CUCAGCCAGGUGUGCAGGCAGCAGAUGUAGUCAGCUGUUGACACGUCAACAUGGACUCCGAAGGCAGGAGAGUGGUGGUCUGCGACAACGGGACGGGGUUUGUCAAGUGCGGCUUUGCAGGAUCCAACUUCCCGGACCACAUCUUUCCAGCCAUGGUGGGUCGCCCGGUGAUCCGGUCCACCACCAAAGUGGGCAACAUCGAGAUCAAAGACCUGAUGGUGGGUGAUGAAGCGAGUGAGUGCCGCUCGCUGCUCGAGGUGUCCUACCCCAUGGAGAAUGGAAUGGUGCGCUGCUGGGAUGACAUGCUCCACCUGUGGGACCACACCUUCGGUCCAGAGCGACUGGACAUUGAACCGUCUCAAUGCAAGAUUCUGCUGACAGAACCGCCCAUGAAUCCAACCAAGAACCGCGAGAAGAUUGCUGAGGUCAUGUUUGAGAAGUACCAGUUCCACGGCAUCUACGUGGCCAUCCAGGCCGUGCUCACGCUCUACGCUCAGGGUCUUCUGACAGGGGUGGUGGUGGACUCCGGGGAUGGAGUUACUCAUAUCUGUCCGGUGUACGAGGGCUUCUCCUUGCCUCAUUUGACACGCAGGUUGGAUAUCGCCGGGCGUGACAUCACGCGUUACCUCAUCAAGCUGUUGCUGUUGCGCGGCUACGCCUUCAACCACUCGGCCGACUUCGAGACGGUGCGCAUGCUGAAGGAGAAGCUGUGCUACGUUGGCUACAACGUGGAGCAGGAGCAGCGUCUCGCAACAGAAACCACCUACCUGGUGGAGUCCUACACGCUUCCCGACGGACGGCAGGUGAUGGUAGGAGGCGAGAGGUUUGGCGCCCCGGAAGCCCUUUUCCAGCCUCACCUGAUCAACGUGGAGGGAGCCGGCGUGGCCGAGCUUCUCUUCAACACCAUCCAGGCUGCUGACAUUGACCUCAGGGUCGACUUCUAUAAACACAUUGUCCUGUCCGGGGGGAGCACCAUGUACCCCGGCCUCCCAUCCAGGCUGGAGCGGGAGAUCAAGCAGCUCUACCUAGAGAGAGUUCUGGAUGGAGACACGCAAAAGUUGGCCAAGUUUAAGAUUCGCAUCGAGGACCCCCCACGCCGCAAACACAUGGUAUUCCUGGGCGGCGCCGUGCUCGCCAACAUCAUGAAGGACAAGGACUCCUUCUGGCUCACCAGGGCAGAGUACCUGGAGAGCGGCCUUGGCGUGCUGCAAAAACUGGGAGGCGGAGUCAGAUAAAACUUCAACACACGUCUCAGUUUUUGUCUCUUUUAUCUUUUUGAAGUUUUUUUUAACAAGCAAGGUACUUAGAAAUAAAGUUUAUAACAUGUAAAAAAAAGUUGUUCACUGUUAAAUAUCCUGUUUGAUAAGUUGCUAUUGAGUAGCUCUGAUUGGCUCGGAGCUUCUGCCACAGUCCAACAACACGGAUUCUGAUUGGCCGACAUCAAUCUAAUAUGGCUACCGCAAUUUAUCGUCUGAAAGCACCCAAAGUUGUUUGGAAUGAAAAUACCAUGGAUACAUUUAUUGUUUUGAUAUCGUUUUUAUAUUUUUAAAUGCUACAAAGUGACCCAUAAUGGGCGGAUUCCAAUUCCUACAAAGAGAACGACGGAGUAUGAAGACAAGCUGCAGAGUACUCAAAACACUUCGUGUUUGCUAACUCACCGGCUCCAAUGGCCGCCGCCGUGCAGCAGCAGAGUCACCAUGGCGACGACCAUGAACACCAGGAAGAUCUUCUUCUGCGGCAUCCUCUUGCUCCGCGUCCUGCGAUACCACCAGAUGCCAAAA